AUGCCACCUAAACAAGACAGUAAUAAUAAAGUGAAGAAGAGAGUAAGAAAGUCAAUUACAAUGGAGGUUAAAUCUAAGAUUUUAAAACUCAAAGAUCGCGGUUAUUCGACUUCAUCUAUUGGACGAGAACUUAAUUUAUCACGCACUACGAUACAAACAAUAUUGAAAGAUAAAGAAAAACUCUUAACAGCUCUUCCUUCCGCCUCUUCAAACAGCACUAUUAUACGCAAAAGGAAUGCUUUAAUUUAUGAAAUGGAAAAACUGUUGUACAAUUGGAUUCAAGAUCAAACCCAGCGACGGGUUCCUCUAAGUUUGGCUAUUAUACAAAAUAAGGCGCUGAGUAUCAUCAACACACUGCAAAAUAAACGUGGCGAGAAUAAUAGUGACGAAACAAAAUGUUUUUCUGCCAGUCGCAGAUGGUUCAUGCGCUUUAAAACGAGAUAUUCGUUACAUAACAUUCGAGAAGCUGCUAGUGCCGAUCAUGUGGCUGCUCAGAGUUUUCCUGGAAUAUUAAAGGAAAUUAUCGAAAGUGGAGACUAUUCGCCUAAACAAAUUUUUAACGUGGACGAAACUGGUUUGUUUUGGAAAAAAAUGCCCUCUCGUACUUUUGUAUCACAGGAAGAAAAGUCUAUGCCUGGAUUUAAAGCGGCUAAAGAUCGUUUGACGUUGUUAUUGGGUUCGAAUGUUGAAGGUGAUCUUAAAUUGAAACCCCUUUUAGUUUAUAGGUCUGAAAAUCCUCGAGCUCUCAAAAAUUACGUCAAGAGUACUCUUCCAGUUAUAUGGAAGGCUAAUCCAAAGGCAUGGGUUACAUCAAUACUUUUUGAAGAAUGGUUUACUAAGCAUUUUAUACCUGAAGUGAAACAGUACUGUUCAAACAAUAAUUUGGCUUAUAAAGCUUUACUUAUUUUGGACAAUGCUCCCGGCCAUCCUGUGCGUAUUGCCGAUAUUGAUCCUCAAAUCAAAGUCGUGUUCCUGCCUCCCAACACCACUUCGUUGUUACAGCCGAUGGAUCAAGGAGUUAUCGCGUCUUUUAAGGCCUAUUAUCUCAGGAGAACUUUUUCACAGGCUGUAAAGGCUAAUGAAAAUGAUGGCAUGGAGCUGAGAGAUUUUUGGUUAUAA